AAGAGCUGAUUAAACAGCUCAAAGCCGUGAACUAUGAAGUAGGACGGAGGAUGAGAGUGUUACUCCAUAUAAUAACAAUCUUUAAGCUACCACGGCUUGAUCCGAACCUCAUCUCUCUCCGACUAGUUCUGGUUUUCUUUGACUACCAGGAUGCAACACAAUUAUCGUUUUUGAAUUUCUGCAUUUCCGUAUCAUUGGAGUAGACGAAGGUUGGUUGGCAUAAGGAUUCGUAGCGAACGGAGACGGAUCUGUUUCUUCUCAUAAUGAAGUGGAUGUUGUUAUCAAUUCAAAGCCCCGAAUCAUCACUGGGAAGCCAUUUGUUCUGUGAUACUCUUGCUAAAUCUGGGAUCCUUUUAAUUGCCAUGGGCGGGCCAAAUAACAGAUUGCCGGAGAUGGAUGAUGAAUAUAGGGCCCUAAAUUUGGCUUGACCACCUUUGGGAGUGCAAGAUUUGGUGCAAGUGUCCUAUCAUAGCCACAAGCUCAUUGCAUUGUAUGUGAUUUCCACUGCAGUGGUGCAGUAGCAAGAAGUGGGUGUUAUUGGAAAAAAUUGGCUAUUAAAACGUCAAAGUAAGUUUCUGGUUAUCUGCAAGCAUCGCAUCCUUUUCUCUCCAUUGAUGAAAGGGACUCACCUCCCUUUUCACCAUGCGAAAUUGUCAUGAACUCCCCAUCUUCACGCUCCCCCUUGCAUUCCUCAUCCUCUCCUUCGUGCUCCGCCUUUUCCAUCCCUUUCUAUUUCUUCAGUACCCUGAAAGCGACCAAAAUCAAACUCUGCUUCACUCUACAUCAAAAGAACAAUUUGAAGCAGAGCCAACAGAGAGUUUCUGCCACAACCACGACUUGGUCCAAGAGCAGAAUUCUUCACCAAGGAAUUAUAUUGUUCGAUUCACUAAGUAUCUGAAAUCUGAAUUUCAUCAGACAUAUCUGCAAAACAAUGUGAAAUUGAAAGGUUGGAAGUGGAUAGAAAGGAAAAACCCUGCUUCUCGAUUUCCAACUGACUUUGCAUUAGUGGCAAUUGAGGAAUCGAUGAUAGAAGUUUUGAUCAAGAAGUUCACAAAUUUGAAGUGUGUGAAAGACGUAUCAUUGGAUUUGAGCUAUCAAAGAGGAGUUCUUGGAAAGAAAAAUGUUAGGGUUGGGGGGUUUUUUGACGGGAAGAAGAGACCGGGCAAGAUCUUCACGGCGAUGUCUUUCAGUGAAGGAGAGAGAAAUGUAGUGUCUAACUCAAGCAACAUUGAUAUAAGCUGGAAGAGGGAACUUUUGAUGCAGAAGUCUCAAGUUACCUCCCUGUUUAGUGCAGAAGCACUCUGGUCAAAGGGAUACACUGGUGCUAAAGUAAAAAUGGCUAUAUUUGAUACAGGCAUUCGAGCAGAUCAUCCACAUUUUCGUAAUAUCAAGGAACGUACAAAUUGGACCAAUGAAGACACUCUUAAUGACAAUCUUGGACAUGGGACAUUUGUAGCUGGAGUUAUUGCUGGACAAGAUUCAGAAUGUCUUGGUUUUGCCCCAGACACUGAGAUUUAUGCUUUUAGAGUAUUCACAGAUACACAGUUCAUUGCAGGUAUCAUACACUUCCUGGUUUCUUGAUGCAUUUAACUAUGCAAUAGCAACCGACAUGGAUGUGUUGAAUUUGAGCAUAGGUGGACCUGAUUAUAUGGAUCUUCCAUUUGUGGAGAAGGUUUGGGAGAUAACAGCAAAUAAUAUUAUCAUGGUUUCAGCCAUUGGUAACGAUGGGCCACUUUACGGAACUUUGAACAAUCCAGCAGAUCAAAGUGAUGUUAUUGGUGUUGGUGGCAUUGAUUACAAUGAUCAUAUAGCAUCAUUUUCAUCGCGUGGCAUGAGUACAUGGGAGAUUCCUCAUGGUUAUGGCCACAUGAAACCUGACAUUGUUGCUUAUGGACGGGAGAUCAUGGGUUCCAAGAUCAGCACUGGUUGCAAAAGCUUGUCUGGCACUAGUGUUGCGAGUCCUGUGGUGGCUGGAAUUGUAUGCCUCCUUGUCAGUGUCAUUCCUGAAGGCAAGCGGAAGGACUUGUUAAACCCAGCCAGUGUGAAACAGGCGCUUGUUGAGGGAGCUGCAAAACUUCUCGGUCCUAACAUGUAUGAGCAGGGUGCAGGCAGGGUUAAUCUGUUGGAGUCUUUCGAGAUUUUAAAGAACUAUCAACCUCGGGCCAGCAUCUUUCCCAGUGUUCUUGAUUACAGAGAUUGUCCUUAUUCAUGGCCAUUUUGCUCUCAACCACUCUAUGCCGGUGCCAUGCCAGUUAUUUUUAAUGCUACCAUUUUAAAUGGGAUGGGUGUUGUUGGUUAUGUUGAAGGCCUGCCGACAUGGAAUCCCUCAGAUGAUAUGGGAAAUCUUCUUGAUAUACACUUCACCUAUUCUGGUGUUAUUUGGCCAUGGACAGGUUAUCUGGCGCUUCAUAUGCAAAUCAAGGAAGAAGCGGCUACAUUUUCUGGGGACAUUGAAGGAAAUAUUACUGUUCAGAUUUUUAGCCCUCCGGCUAAAGGAGAAAAAACCCGCCGAAGUAGUACCUGUAUCCUUCAGUUGAAACUGAAAGUGAUUCCUACCCCACCAAGAGAAGCUCGGAUUUUAUGGGAUCAAUUUCAUAGUAUUAAGUACCCCCCUGGUUAUAUACCAAGAGAUUCUUUGGAUGUUAGGAAUGACAUCCUUGAUUGGCAUGGAGAUCAUCUUCAUACAAACUUCCAUAUUAUGUUUGACAUGUUAAGAGAUGGUGGGUAUUAUGUUGAAACACUUGGAUCUCCUCUGACAUGCUUUGAUGCAAGACACUAUGGGACCCUUCUCCUUGUGGAUCUUGAAGAUGAGUACUUUGGUGAAGAGAUCAAGAAACUCAGGGAUGAUGUGAUCAACACUGGGUUAAGUGUGGUUGUAUUUGCUGAUUGGUAUAAUGUGGAUACAAUGGUGAAGAUGAGAUUCUUUGAUGAUAACACACGAAGUUGGUGGACCCCUGUAACUGGAGGUGCUAAUGUGCCUGCUUUGAAUGACCUUUUGGCUCCAUUUGGGAUAGCAUUUGGAGAUAAAAUUCUUAAUGGUGAUUUUGUCAUCGAUGGUGAGCAGAGUCGAUAUGCAUCUGGAACUGACAUUGUCAAGUUUCCUAGAGGUGGAUAUCUGCAUAGCUUCCCUUUCCACGAUAGUUCAGAGAGUGGGGCUACACAAAAUGUUAUGUUAUCUGGCACAGCCAAGGCAGACACGCCGAUUCUUGGUCUAGUGGAGGCUGGCAAGGGCCGCAUUGCAGUAUAUGGAGACUCAAACUGUUUGGAUAGCAGUCAUAUGGUUACCAAUUGUUACGGGCUUUUGAAGAAAAUACUAGAUUUUACUGGCAAAAGUAAUAAAGAUCCCAUACUGUUCUCUGAUUCAGUUAAACAAGACAAACCAUUGUACAUGGACGAGAAGCUAUUACCAUCCAGACGGACUGAUGUGAACUUUUCUACCUAUUCUGCUGUUGUUGGAAAGGAAAUGAUCUGCAGACAUGACUCUCGGUUUGAAGUAUGGGAAACUAAAGGCUACAAUUUACAUGUCAGGGGAAGAAACCGCAGAUUACCAGGCUACACUGUUAUUGAUUUGGGCACUGGUUUAAAUUCUUCCUCAGAGAGCUCAUGGAUGGAAAUAUCCAACACAACUAAAAAGAAAGGUGGUUAUUCACCAAUAAGCAAGGACCUGGAUGGAGAUGAUCAAGAUGUGCAUGUUCCUUUAGCAACCCAUUGGCUUGUUCCUGUAGGUAUUGCAAUUAUUGGGGUGUUGCUACUUUUGAGUCUUUGGCGCGUUCAUCAGAAGCGGGGUAGGCGGAGGAAAGUAUCUUCUGGUUCAGUAGGUCGCUUUGCUAAUAAUGUAUAAAGUAAUGCUCCCGCUUACAUUUUUCGUGCAUUAUCUUGACUGACAAAAGAGUCAGGGCUGCCACCUGUCACCAUGCGAGUGACACAAGCAAGGCGAGUUUUGUAUCACAAACGAAUGCCUAGAAGUCUUUCCUGUUAGAUUGUUCGAGAAGAGGUGUAGAGCAUCAGAUUUGUAGAUGUAGCUUACAUGAUAUACCAGACAUUCUUCUUCAUCAGUAGAAAAAUAGCAAUGCGACUCUUCCUAAAGAUCAUUGGUAGGUCAAUACGUUAUAGUGUUUCUAUUUUUUCUCAAUUUGUGUCGACCGAGAUAUUCUCAGGUUGUUUCAGCAAAAGUAUUCUCACAUAACCCAUUUUCCUAUUAUUUUUAAGUUUGGUGUAGAAAUUAAUUUUUGGUUAUAUUUUGC